AUGAAGGGGUCCAAGAUGUUAGAGAAAAAUCUCGUUGAGCUUUUAAAGUGCAGGAAUGGGCACAGGGUUGUUUCCCAGAAGAACUGCAGGCAGGAAAUAAUGGCAGAUCCUUCAGUGGUGGAUCACCUGACACUGCUGAAACUCAAACUCCUAGAAAAGAGACUAGAAAAUGAACAGGAGAACCUAGAGAAGAUGGAGUUGUCUCUCCCAGCUGCAAGGAACAGACCUCAGGACAUGCUCCAAAGUGCCCUGAGGCAAAGGAAAGAUCUGCUGCAGGAGCUGAGGGAGCAGCACCUUCUGGAGGAGCUUUCACAGCCACCUGCACCAGCUGGGGGACACUGCCAUGACCACGGAGCUGCCCUCCCACAGGUCUACCAGAUCCCUUUUCCAGCUUCCCAAGUGGAGCCACCAAGGAUUAUCCAGCAGACAAUGCCAGCUCAGCCUGCCACCAUCAUCCAGCAGCUGCCUCAGCCAUCCCCUCUGAUCACGCAGAUUCCCCCAGCCCAGACCUUUGCAGCCCCCCGCUCUGGGAGCAUUAAAGAAGAUAUGGUAGAGAUGAUGCUGAUGCAGAACGCUCAGAUGCACCAGGUCAUGAUGCAGAACAUGAUGCUGAAGGCCCUGCCACCGGCGGCGCUGGCACAGCUUGGGGGAGGCAGCUCUGCCCUGCCCCAGCACCCACAGCAGGAGCUGCAGCUUGCUGCCCCCCUGGCCCUGAGAGCAGCCAGGCCCAAGCCGGCAGUGGUGCACCACCACCACCAUUACCCUCCCACGGGGGUGUUCCCAGUGCCCCCCAGGAGCUUCCUGCCCACAUCCACAGCGCAGCAAUGGGACGGCAGCUCCGCUCAGCCUGGGUGGCCCACAUACUGA